ACUUGGAUGUACCUUUUCGUCACUUAGGAGGAAAAUCACACGAGCGCCAAAUGACACUCACUCCUAGUGCAAGCGACGUUGAAACAUCAAAUGAUGACGUCGAAUCUUAUACAGAAUCACAAGCGGAAGUUGACGAAGAAAAUGCGUUUGAAGAAGACAAAAAUAGAAAGGUUUUAAGAUCUUUAGAGCACGGGGAUUCUGUCUUGGAUAUAUUUAAUAUAAGUCGUAUAACUGGAUUAGACGCAUGUGAGGGUCUUUUACUACUAUGUAAGCAAAAUUUAUAUUUGAUCGACAACUACUUUCAAACACUGGAAGGUGAAAUUGUUGAUAUAUGGGAUGCACCAACUAAGGAGCGAGAUCAAUAUUUACAAAUGCUUGCCUCUCAUGCUGGCUAUGUAAAUAAUAAUACGCCUUCCAAGGAAAAUAAACAUAAGAGCAGGCGAUGGGCUUUUGAUGACAUAAAGGAAGUCCACAAAAGAAAAUUUCUGUUCCGUGAUGUCGCUCUUGAAAUAUUCUUUGCUGAUGGACGCAAUUAUUUGAUAACUUUCUUCUUGAAAGAACGAGAUAUUGCUUAUAAUAAACUUGUAGCAAGAGCUACUUUCUCAAUUAGUGGUGCCGAAUCUGUUAUUGGCACAUCUGCCCUUGAUACCUUAUCACCUGUUACUCCCUUAUCAAUUCCUUCGACUGGUUUGAGAUUCAAUCUAAGCUUUUUUUCAAAUUCAAACUCAUCGUUGGCAGAAUUGACCCUAAGAUGGGAAAAAAGGGAAAUUUCGAAUUUCCAAUACUUGAUGCACUUAAAUACUCUAGCUGGUCGGUCAUAUAAUGAUCUUACCCAAUAUCCCGUGUUCCCUUGGAUCUUGGCUGAUUACACCAGUGAGGAGCUGGAUUUAACUAAUCCCGCAACAUUCCGUGACUUAUCUAAACCCAUGGGUGCACAAACUGAAGAACGCAAAAAGGAAUUCCAAAUACGGUACCGUUCUUUUGAUCCUACAGCGAAUGCAACAACGCCGGCAUUUCAUUAUGGAACCCAUUACUCGUCUGCAAUGAUU